CUGUGGAUAACAACAGGUGCAGACUGGGGUGUUGCUCCACUCACUGAAGCCUACUUCCUCCACUUCCUGUUAUCUGUCCACUGGUGUUCAGUCAUCAUCAGCCAUGCACUGUAUCACCAUCGAUUUCAACAUUGUUUCUCUCGUCCUCGCCAAUCUGCUCUUUCUGGGUGGAGGACUGGGCCUGGUUAUGUGUGGAGGAUUGCUACUGGAGGACACAGAGCGUAUACUCACCUCCCGUCUUAUCUUGACUUCCCUGCCUCAGCCACUCUUCUAUUACGUAGCUCUGCUGCUCAUGUCACUUGGACUCAUACUUACAGCGCUCUCCGUGCUUGGCUGCUGGUCUGCACAUCUUAAUAAUUAUUGCAUUCUUUCUUUUUAUUUGUUCUCUCUGUUGAUUCUUCUGGUGGCUGAAUGUGUAGUGGGAGUAUUGGCAUUACUGUGCCCACAGUAUCUUGGUCUUUCUAUGGAUAAGGAGGAUAUCAAGGACAACUGGCAGAGAACGUAUGGAGUGCCAGGCAGGGAACAAUACACUGCUGCCAUUGACCUUGUACAGACUAAGUUUCAGUGUUGUGGGAUAGAUAAUGGCAAUGACUUCACUGCAUCUUGGUGGCGACUGCGAGAACUGGCCCCAGAGAAUCUCAUUGUACCCUUGUCCUGUUGUAUACAACAGCAACCUGCAGCAUUUCUGGACCCUCAACCACUCAACACCUCACUUUGCCAACAGUCGAGCGUAGAAAACCACCGUUUAGCCAGGAACCUUGAGGGGUGUUUCUCCCACCUGUCAGCCUGGCUACAGUCCCACAUAUCCCUGUGUCUGGCAGGAGGUCUGGCUCUCCUGGGUCUACAGUUACUGUUGUUGCUGCUCACAAUUCUCUCCUGUGUCAAGCAGGCUCAUGCUCCACCUUCACUACCACCCAAACUUGUCGACAAGGUGCACAACUCAUUUCCUUAUAGUGGUUCCUGAAAGUUCAUCAACAAAGGAGCAACAGCCCGGUGAAGUGAACAAGCGAUUAAAGUUGGCUUUGCUAUAUUUGUCAAUAUGACUUGUUUUACUAAUUUUAUACUAUUUUUUAGUACUUAGCUACUAUGUUUUAAGUUAAGAUUUUUUAUGUUCAUACAAAUAAACAUUUUAAAAAAUAA